CUUCCACGCGCAUGCACGCGCACACGCACGCGCACAGAAACAAGAUGGCGGAGGAGAGGCCGAGUGAAAAGUUUAAAGUUCACAGCUAGAAGUUCAAAGUGCUUGUUUGGAGAAGCCGGAGGUGAAAUGUCGUUGCCGCUCCCCUCGCUUUUGUUGUUUUUUGUUGCAAACAUGUGACGAGUGUCGAGGACUUCGAUGCUUUCCUAGAACGCAGAAGUCGGGCAGCUGCAAGGUGGUGUGAGGUGACCUACAUUCUCAGGCAAAGCAUGCUGGGAGAUGUGGGGCGUGGGCCCUCCCUCUUCCCAGUGAGCGGGGCUCCUGAUUGGGCGGCGUGCAGCCCAGCUGACGCUUCUGUCAGACACAGCAGAGGAGGUGAUGGAGGCGACAGCGAUGGGGUCUGACGCCAGCAGUCCAACAUGGCGGCGGUAUCGUACGACCAACUGCUGAGGCAAGUAGAGGUGCUGAAGAUGGAGAACUGCAACCUACGACAGGAGCUGCAGGACAACUCCAAUCACCUGAGCAAGCUGGAGACGGAGGCGUCCAGCAUGAAGGAAGUACUGAAGCAGCUACAGGGUAGCAUAGAAGAAGAGUCUGGGGAGGCAUCUGGCUCUCAGCUGGAGCUGAUAGUGAGACUGAAAGAAAUGAGCCUGGAAUCUGCUGGUUUUAAGGCCAGGCAGAGGCCUCCUGUGCCGCCUUCUUCCUCAUCCAGCUCAGCGUCUUCCAGCGGAGCAGCCGGCGGUUCUAUUGGUUCUGCUUCGUCAGUCCCAAGGAGAGGACCACUUUGCGCGUCCAGAGACGAUCAUGAGCGCUGCCUGGAGGAGCUGGAGAAAGAGAGAGCUCUCUUAUUGGCUGAGCUGGAGAAAGAAGAGAAGGAGAAGGGAUGGUACUACGCUCAACUGCUCAAUUUGACCAAGAGGAUUGACAGUCUGCCUCUCACUGAAAAUUUCACACUACAGACCGACAUGAGUCGUCGUCAACUGGAGUUUGAGGCUCGUCAGAUCCACUCGGCCAUGGAGGAGCAGCUGGGCUCCCGUCAGGAGAUGGAAAGGAGAGCUGAGGCUCGUACGUCUCGUAUUCACCAGAUUGAGAAGGACAUCCUGAAACUGGGAGCCCGACUCCAGGUGGAGACAUCGCAGGCUGCCAGUGAAAGUGGCGUCUUGGGGGUUGCUCAGAACACUGGUGCGCGGCUGGACCACGAGCCGGCAAAUGAGACGGCCUAUUCUGUGCCUCGACGAAUCACCAGCCACCUUGGAACAAAGGUAGAGAUGGUGUACAGUCUUCUGUCCAUGUUGGGCACUCACGACAAGGACGAUAUGUCCCGCACGCUGCUGGCCAUGUCCAGCUCACAGGACUCCUGCAUCGCCAUGCGCCAAUCUGGCUGCCUGCCGCUGCUCAUACAGCUGCUGCAUGGCAAUGACAAGGACUCGCUGUUGCUGGGUAACUCUCGCGGAAGCAAAGAGGCUCGUGCGCGAGCGUCCUCGGCGCUGCACAAUAUUGUGCACAGUCAACCGGAUGACAAACGGGGGCGGCGGGAGAUCCGAGUGCUCCACCUGCUGGAGCAGGUACGUCAUUACUGCGAGGCCUGCUGGACUUGGCAGGAGAACCACGAGAGAGGCGCCGACCAGGAAGACAACCCAAUGCCAUCGCCUGUCGACCAUCAGAUCUGUCCCGCCGCGUGCGUCCUCAUGAAGCUGUCUUUUGACGAGGAACAUCGGCACGCCAUGAACGAGCUUGGUGGUCUUCAGGCGGUGGCAGAGCUGCUGCAGGUGGACUGCGAGAUGUUGGGUCUCAGCGGCGAUCACUACAGUGUAACACUGCGACGAUACGCCGGCAUGGCCCUCACCAACCUGACGUUCGGAGACGUUGCCAACAAGGCCACGUUGUGCUCCAUGAAGGGCUGCAUGCGGGCCAUGGUCACCCAGCUGAAGUCUGAGAGUGAAGACCUGCAACAGGUGAUUGCGAGCGUGCUGAGGAACUUGUCAUGGCGAGCGGAUGUAAACAGCAAGAAGACUCUGCGGGAGGUGGGCAGCGUGCGAGCGCUGAUGGGCUGUGCUCUGGAAGUCCAGAAGGAAUCUACGCUGAAGUCUGUACUGAGCGCACUCUGGAACCUGUCUGCGCACUGCACGGAAAACAAGGCGGACAUCUGCUCGGUUGACGGCGCCCUGGCCUUUUUGGUGGGAACGCUGACGCACCGCAGCCACACCAACACGUUGGCCAUUAUCGAGAGUGGCGGCGGCAUCCUGAGGAACGUCUCCAGCCUCAUCGCCACCAAUGAGGUGUACAGACACACCCUGCGAGAACAUGGCUGCCUUCCCACACUCCUGCAGCACCUCAAGUCUCACAGCCUGACCAUCGUGUCCAACGCCUGCGGAACACUCUGGAACCUGUCGGCGCGCGACGCCAAGGACCAGGAGGCAUUGUGGGAGUUGGGCGCCGUUGGAAUGCUGCGCAACCUCAUCCAUUCCCGACACAAGAUGAUCGCCAUGGGGAGCGCCGCUGCCCUGCGCAACCUGAUGGCCAAUCGCCCAGCUCGCUACAAGGACGCCAGCGUCGUUUCGCCGGGGGCUGGGGCGCCAUCGCUGCACGCCCGCAAACAGAAGGCGCUGUUCAAUGAGCUGAAUGCUCAGCAGCUGUCAGAGACCUUCGAUAACAUUGACAACCUCAGCCCCAAGGCGGCGCACAGGAAGGUGCGGGGCUCUAAUGGCAGCAGCAACGGAGCGCCAAACGCCACACGCUCCUACACGAACACGCCGGUGCUGUCCAGUCCCAAAAACGCAGACGGGUCAAAGCGAAACGGUGACGACACGACGUAUGUGAGACCCGUCUUCUCGGGCAGCGUGCGAGCAUCCAGCGACAGCCUCAACAGCGUCACAAGCGCAGACGGCUACGGCAACCGUGGAAAAACUAAACCGUCUUCCGAACCGCUGUACUCCUCAGACGACAGCGGUGCCAACAGGUGCUGCAUUUACAGGAAGUACCCAGCCGACCUGGCGCUAAAGAUUCGCAGCGCUAACCACAUGGCAGACGAUGACGGUGCCGAGUUAGACACGCCCAUCAACUAUAGUCUCAAGUACUCUGAUGAGCAGCUAAAUUCUGGGCGGCAGAGUCCCAGCCACCGCGGCAGGACUGAGGCCGACGACGAUGACGAGCAAGCAGGCAGGCUGAGGAUGAGAAGUGAUGGCCCUACUUCUAUAACCGCCAACGCCCGCAUGACACAGUCACCGCCCUCGCGCUACGUCACGGCCACAUCCAACUAUGGUGCUGACGCCACACCCGAGCAGCCAAUUGACUACAGCCUGAAAUACGGAGAUGUUUCACGCAAGCCUUUGUUUGAAGCCCAAGAUGCUGCUGACCCCUCCCUGCCUGCGCCCCCAGCCGCCUCCGCAAGUAAGCCCCGCCCACCUUCUCAAGCUCCCAGCCGCUCGGCGCCAAAGAGCAACCAGGAGUCCACGCAGACUUACUGUGUGGAGGACACGCCCAUCUGUUUCUCUGGCGGAAGCUCGCUGUCCUCGUUGUCUCCUGAGGAAGAAGAGGAAGAUGCAGAGGUCAUAGGGAGGAAGAGUCGAGGAGCGAACGCGGUUGGCAACGACUUCUCGGCGCUCAGCGUUAGUGAGAAGGAAGAGCAGCAGCUGCAGCAGAGUAUGAGGCGUCAGAAGGAAGUUGAGAUCCAGACGGCCACCGAGGUUCCCGCCACACGAGGACGGCGGGGGCACCACCACCACCACCACCACCACGGGCACAGCCACCAUCACCAUCCUCAUCAGCACCAGGUGACCUCAUCAUCGGGCGCCAGGACCCCGAAAAGCCCGCCUGAGCAACCUUACGCUCAGGAAACGCCACUGAUGUUCAGUCGCUGCACGUCGGUCAGCUCCUUGGACAGCUUCUCCACUUCCUCUAUUGCCAGCUCUGUGCGCUCCAGCGAGCCAUGUAGCGACAUGCCCAGCGGCGUCAUCAGCCCCAGCGAUCUGCCGGACAGUCCUGGACAGACAAUGCCACCCAGCCGUGCCAAAACGCCCCCAGUGGCGGCGCCGCCUCCUCCUCCAAGGAGCACGGAGGAGGAAAAGGUCAGCAAGAAGGAGGCACAGGAGAGCAGUGCGGACGUUCUGCUGCACUUUGCUACUGAGUGCACCCCACACGGUUUCUCCUACGCCUCCAGUUUGAGCGCACUCAGUCUUGACGAGCCGUUCAUCGCCCCCAGCAUGAACGAGGAGGACGUGGGCAGCAAAGAGAUCAGAGAGGAGUCGGACGACGAUGACGACGACACACAGAUCCUGGAAGCGUGUAUCAAUAUGGCCAUGCCUAAAUCGUCAAGAAAACCAAAGAAACCACAGCAAACGGCUCCAAGCAAACCCAGCCAGCUUCCUGUUUACAAGCUCCUCCCCCCUCCGAGCCGCAGCCAAUCGCAGCAGAGGAAGGACCUGCUGGCGGCGGAAGAAGUGCCUCGCGUCUACUGUGUGGAAGGAACCCCACUGAAUUUUUCCACAGCCACAUCGCUCAGCGACCUCACCAUUGACUCACCACCGAACGAAGUAGCCAACGCCUCUUUUGCUCCGCCCACCACAUCCCAGAGACAACGGACCGCAAUUCCUGAGGGCGAGAACGGGGAUGACAUCCUUGCCGAGUGCAUCAGCGCCGCCAUGCCAAAAGCCAAACCCAGGAAGCCUGUCCGAACUUCAUCCAACACCGAUCCAGUCCACACACCGCCCAACCCGCCUCCUCCGCCGGCCCCGCCCCUUUUCAGUCCCCAGCAGCACAAGAAGAAGCCCACGUCACCGGUGAAGCCUAUGCCCCAACGUGCCGCGUACACCAAAGUCAAACCAGGCUUUGCCUUCGACUCGCCGCAUCAUUACACGCCCAUCGAGGGCACGCCGUGUUGCUUUUCUCGCAACGACUCGCUCAGCUCGCUGGACUUUGACGAAGACGACAAGGACGAGGACAAGAAAAGGAAAGAGCAGAACAAAAAGAGCAAGCAGCAAGCAGCGGCCAUCUUCCCACAAAGCAAAGCAGCCACAAACCCGCCCACCAUGGACGAGAAACAGAAGUUUGCCAUCGAGGACACGCCCGUCUGCUUUUCGCGGAACUCCUCCCUCAGCUCUCUGAGCGACAUUGACCAGGAGAACAACAACAAAGAGUUUGCGGCGCCAGACCGUCAAAAUGGAAGCAAAGAGGCCGCAAAGGCGCCGCCUGGUCCUCCGGCGCCGGCAGACUCUAAGACCCGCCCAUCUGCAGCUUGCAGCUACACCCCCAAAGCCUUCCACGUAGAGGACACGCCCGUGUGCUUUUCUAGGAACUCGUCGCUCAGCUCGCUCAGCAUCGACUCGGAAGACGACUUGCUGCAGGAGUGCAUCAGCUCUGCCAUGCCCAAGAAAAAGAAAAAGACCACCGCCGUUGCCGCGGCGCCACCUGCCGCCGCAUCACCGCCUGCCGCUCCCAAAGCAGACGACAACAUUCUGGCCGAGGAGGAACCCACGGAGGUGCCAAGAAGCCCCGCCUCCCCAGAUUCUGAGUCUUUUGAUUGGAAGGCAAUUCAAGAAGGAGCCAACUCCAUCGUCAGCAGCCUCAAUGCCGCCGCCGCUUCUUCCCUGUCCCGCCAAGCGUCGUCAGACUCCGACUCCGUGCUGUCACUCAAGUCUGCUGGUUCGCCGUUCCGCCUACGGCGCACCAGCAACAACGCUGAAGAGGCGGAGGAGGAAGGGGAGGGGCUUAAGCCAAGAGCGAAGAUUGUGAAGCCGUCUGGGGACACAAAGAAGGAGGAAGAGGAGGAGGCGAAGUCUGUGAGGGGCGGGAAGAAGGUAUACAAGAGUCUAAUCACUGGAAAACCUAGGGCGGAGCUAGCAGCCAGGGGGCGGAGCAAACCCAGAGCAACUGUCGCGGCUAAAGCUCCAGGAAGCGGUGACGGAGGUGGCUCUUCACGGGAUUCCACACCGUCACGCUCUUCCCAGAGGGGAGGAAAACCCUCACAGCUGCCGCGCACAACGUCUCCAGGUAGUGCAAAGGCGGCCCCCAAAGCCGCCAAACAGAGCGCUGUUGCGGCGAGGGGCGGGUCUAGCAUCACACGGAGCGAUUCUGCCUCUAGGAUCAGCGGCGCGACCGUCGCCAAGAAGCAGAAGGCAGAGCCCGAAAAACCCACGCUGGUCCGUCAGUCAACAUUCAUCAAGGAGGCACCCAGCCCCACCCUGAAGAGAAAGCUGGAAGAAUCGUCUAACGCGGCCUCAGUCGAGUCCCCGUCUAGCCCGGAUGUGCCGCCGGCGGCGUCCAGGAGACAGGACACGACCCGGUCCCACUCAGAAAGUCCGUCACGCCCUCAAGACGCCACAUCGUCUCGCUUUAGUCGCACGGGCACCUGGAAGCGUGACAGCGGCGGAGGAAACGGUGGCAAACAUUCGACCUCAUUGCCACGCGUGGGGACAUGGAAGCGCACAGGAAGCUCGUCCUCUGUGCUCUCCGCCUCCUCCGAGUCCAGUGAGAAGGGGCGGAGCGAGGAGGAGGCCAGCGCCAGGUCCAAAGGAACAUGGCGAAGGGCUAAAAGUGCCAGCGGCGUGGCCAUAAACAGUUCCGACAACUCUGAGGAGGUGUGGGUGCGUCUUGAAGACUGUCCUGUAAACAACCCACGCUCAUCAUCCUCAUGCUCUGCUCGCUCUCCAACCGCCGCCAACGCCCCGCCUGUCAUCCACAGCCCCGCCCCUUGUAAAAUCCCCUCCUCAUCAUCCUCUUCGUCCUCCAACCUCAACUUGCGUCAGAGCUGCGAGAGCCUGGAUGACAAGCCUCCGCCCGAACGCCAGCAGCAACAGCAGCAGCGAGGUCAGCAGCGCAGCGGCACUGUGGCCGCCAGGGUCAGCCCCUUCAACUACACGCCAAGUCCCAGGAAGAGCAACCCCGACAUCACCAUGCCGACCACCACCUCCACCACCUCAUCGUCAUCUGCUGCCAGCACGUCAACCACGCCCACACGGCCCUCGCUCAUACCCACCCCUGUCACCAAAAAACGGGACCCCAAAGGUGGCGAAGGCGGUGGCGGCGAGCGUGGCUCGUACAUUGUGACAUCCGUAUAAAAAAAAAAAACUGUAUUUAAUAUAGCCCCGCCCCUUUUUCCUUAAGGAACCAACUAUUAAUGUUUUUUUACCACAGUGAUGUGUAGCGCUUAGCUCCGCCCCCGUCAUCUUCCUGCAUGACCCUGCCCCUUUUAUCACCACGGUGACGCCAAGACGAUUCUGGACUCAUUCUACGUGACGGACUUCCUGUCAGCUGACAGGAAACAAAGACAUAACUUAUUAAUUUAAAUAUAAACGUUUCACCUUGAUUGUCACUGUCAACAUGUACGGAAGAAUAAAAGUCAACAUUCUAGCUGAGAA